AUGAGGCGUAGCGCACAGCUGCAGGCAUCGCUGCUGCUGCAGCACAUCCACCGCUCCUUGCCGGCGCUGCAGAAGCUCUACGCCUGCGCGACCUCGCAGCAGCUAGCGGGUGGGACCGCAGCGGCACAGCUGUGCGAUGGUGCUGACGGCCACUGCGUCCGGGCUGCUUUUUCCACGUUUCCCCCAGAUCCACAGACUGGAGAGGAGGGCGAUCGCGUUCUUCAAUUCUUCUGCAAGGAGCUUGACAUGGGCGAAGCACCACUGCGACAGUGGCGGCAGAAGUUGCGGAAACGCUCGACGCAGCGCUGGGGUGUACCGGAGGGACCGUCCUUAUUGCCGCGCCCACCCACGUCGUCUUUGUCUUCAUCACAGACUCUACCCGGCAUCCGCGGCGCUGCUGUGAGCGGCAGCACCGUCCCCUGGACGCGUGUUCGCUGUGCCCACGCUACCGCAGCGUCAGCGCCAUUGGCGAGCCCUGUUCCUUCGUCGGCUGCUGAUGCCGCAGAUUCUGCAUCCUCGUCGUCCUUCUUGUGGCUGCGGCCGCGAUUGCAGGACGUUGCCGUCGUUCGGUCCGCCAUGCAGAGCCUCAAAUUCAUUGUUUCACCUCUCCUGCUCCUUUCCUGUCCUCCGGUGGUGGUUGCAUCGCCGCCGCGCGCAGGCAGUCCUGGCGCCAGCGCCGCUGUCCAUCAUGACACAGCGCGGCCCACAUCGUACGAGGAGUGCAGUCGCUGGUAUGCCACCCGACCCAUCCCGGCUGGCAUGUUUCUCAUGAGCCUUCCAACAGAGGCGGUGCUCUUCGCCAACCCGCCGCCGGCUACGGAUCCGCUGCUUACGUUCUACAUGCAAGUGGAGGAGCUUGUGGGGCAGCUGGUGAGCGCCGUCGCGGACGUCACCGCGCCGCAUCACGGCUACGCAUCCUACCUGUGCGACAGCGUUGUGCCGAGCCGAAAUUUGCCGUUCCUCACGACAGCGGAUGUGCAGCAGCUUUUCAGGACGACGACCGACGGGUCGGCGGCGCCGUUACCCCACGUGCCGGCACACGCCGCUGAUGUGGGCGAGGACGCCAGCGGCGUCGCGGAAAGCCCGGCGCUUUCACUCGUGUCCUUUUUCCGCGAAGACAUGGCUGGCGAGCCGCUCAGUGCUUACCUGCGCACGCGCCUCUCACGCCCCGAGUAUGCGUGGUGGGUCAGCCUCGUCCUCUCCCACCGCGCCGGCACCACGAGUCUGCUGCCCAUGAUUGACAAGCUGAACCACAGCCCUUUCCCGAACUGCUACUACACCAUGGCCACCGAGGACACCAUGUGCGGCAUCGACGUCCUUGACAACCUCCUGGCUGGCGUGCCGGGAGAGCUGCUCUACCAGCCGUACGUGCACGUCUUUGCGUUGCGCGAUAUACCGGCCGGCGCAGAGCUGACCUUGUGCUACGCCUCGGCGUCCGAUGGGGCGUACAAGCCUGCCGGUCGGCAUCAGCCCUCACCGUCCUCGUCCCUGCCUUCGAGGAAGAGGGGCGGUGCGCGUCGGCAUGCCAGCGCUACGCCUGCAGCCGCAGAAGAUGUGGAGGAGGUGAUGCGUGCUCUAUUCCCUGACUCCGACGUAGCCGCACUAAUGGAAAGCUGUGAUGGCAUCAGCAGCGGCGGCGCCGAGGUCGACCCUGCCUUCACUUCUCAACUUCGGCGGCUGCAACACCCCGGGAGACAAGAGGUCGACACGCCUGAGGGCAAGGCAAGCUGGCUGCUCCAGUGGGGCUUUGUGCCGCCGUGCGAUGCCCUCUACAGCGCGCAGGACUUGCGCGAAAUGGCGGCGCUGAUCGCGGAGCGGCGCGUGGAUAUGCGAUCGUCGCUGUUUCCGCGAGUCGAGUGA